CCGCGGCGGAAGGGGCCCGGGCCCGCCGCGGGGACCGGCAGAGCCGCGCCUGCCCGGGGAACUCCCGCCCGCUGUCAGCGGCAUCGCGCCCGGCGGCCGCUGCGGUAGCGCAGAGCCGGGGCUGCGGGGGCAGCCGGCGCUGGCCAGGCCCGGCUCAGGCGGUGCGGCCCGGCGGCAGCGGGAGCUGGCAGGCGCCCUUCCCAGGGCGGGCGGCUCGGCGGGAAUGGGGUCGGCGUGACGGCGGCCUGGCAGCGGGGAGCGACCGGCGGAAGGUGUGUUGGUCUUGAUUUUGUGUACUGAAGGCUGAUCCUUAUUCCAAGAUGGCAUUUGUUUCAGCACAAGGGCCUACGGUGGUGGACCAAACCACUUUGAUGAAAAAAUACCUUCAGUUUGUGGCUGCUCUGACGGAUGUCAAUACACCUGAUGAAACCAAGUUGAAAAUGAUGCAAGAAGUCAGUGAGAAUUUUGAGAAUGUGACAUCGUCCCCUCAGUAUUCCACGUUCCUGGAGCACAUCAUCCCCAGGUUUCUCACCUUUCUGCAGGACGGAGAAGUCCAGUUUCUGCAGGAGAAGCCGGCCCAGCAACUCCGAAAACUAGUGCUUGAAAUAAUUCACAGAAUACCAACAAACGAGCAUCUUCGCCUUCAUACCAAAAAUAUCCUGUCUGUGAUGUUUCGAUUUCUAGAGACGGAGAAUGAAGAAAAUGUACUGAUUUGCUUAAGAAUUAUCAUUGAGUUGCACAAACAGUUCCGACCAGCAAUCACUCAAGAAAUCCAUCAUUUUUUGGACUUUGUGAAACAGAUUUACAAGGAACUUCCAAAAGUAGUGAAUCGGUAUUUUGAGAAUCCUCAGGUGAUUCCGGAGAACACUGUUCCUACUCCUGAAAUGGUUGGCAUGAUUACAACAAUCGUGGUGAAAGUAAAUCCCGAGCGAGAGGACAGUGAAACGAGAACACAUUCUAUAAUUCCCAGAGGAUCUUUAUCUCUAAAGGUCUUGGCUGAGCUACCCAUUAUUGUUGUUCUUAUGUAUCAGCUCUACAAACUGAACAUUCAUAAUGUAGUUGCUGAAUUUGUGCCCUUGAUUAUGAACACUAUUAUAAUCCAGGUUUCUGCUCAAGCGAGGCAACAUAAACUUUAUAACAAGGAAUUGUAUGCCGAUUUUAUUGCUGCUCAAAUUAAAACGUUGUCUUUUUUGGCUUACAUCAUAAGAAUUUACCAGGAGUUGGUGGCUAAAUAUUCUCAGCAAAUGGUAAAAGGCAUGUUGCAGCUGCUGUCCAACUGCCCGGCGGAAACGGCACACCUCCGCAAGGAGCUGCUGAUUGCCGCGAAGCACAUCCUGACCACAGACUUGAGGAGCCAAUUUAUUCCAUGUAUGGACAAGCUGUUUGAUGAAUCUAUACUAAUUGGCUCUGGAUACACUGCCCGAGAGACACUGAGGCCGCUUGCCUACAGCACCCUGGCAGACCUGGUUCAUCACGUCCGGCAGCAUUUGCCUCUCAAUGAUCUCUCCCUUGCUGUCCAGUUGUUUGCCAAGAACAUUGAUGACGAGUCGCUGCCCAGCAGUAUCCAGACGAUGUCUUGCAAGCUGCUGCUAAAUUUGGUAGAUUGUAUCCGCUCUAAAAGUGAACAGGAAAAUGGAAAUGGUAGAGAUAUUCUCAUGAGAAUGCUGGAGGUCUUUGUUCUGAAGUUCCACACCAUAGCACGAUACCAGCUGUCUGUCAUUUUCAAGAAGUGCAAGCCCCAGUCUGAACUCGGGGCUGCGGACGCCGCGCUACCUGGGGUACCCACCGCGGCCAACGCGGCGCCCGUUCCGGUUCCGUCUCCCGCCCCAGCCACGCCGGUGGCGCCCGCGCCGGUGCCUGUGUUUGAAAAGCAGGGCGAUAAAGAGAAAGAGGAUAAGCAGACGUUUCAGGUCACGGAUUGCCGGAGCUUGGUCAAAACUUUGGUCUGUGGUGUCAAGACAAUCACGUGGGGCAUAACAUCCUGCAAAGCUCCUGGCGAAGCACAAUUUAUUCCCAAUAAGCAGUUGCAACCUAAGGAGACUCAAAUCUAUAUAAAACUGGUAAAAUAUGCAAUGCAAGCUUUAGAUAUAUAUCAGGUGCAAAUAGCAGGGAACGGACAGACGUAUGUUCGAGUAGCAAACUGCCAGACAGUCAGAAUGAAAGAGGAAAAGGAGGUUCUGGAGCAUUUCGCUGGUGUGUUCACAAUGAUGAAUCCUUUGACUUUUAAAGAAAUCUUUCAAACUACUGUUCCGUAUAUGGUGGAGAGGAUCUCCAAGAACUACGCUCUUCAGAUUGUCGCCAAUUCCUUCCUGGCAAACCCGACUACCUCUGCCCUCUUCGCAACGAUUCUGGUGGAGUAUCUUCUGGAUCGGCUGCCAGAAAUGGGCUCCAACGUGGAGCUCUCCAAUCUGUAUCUCAAGCUGUUCAAGUUAGUCUUUGGCUCAGUUUCACUCUUUGCAGCUGAAAAUGAACAAAUGCUGAAGCCACAUUUGCACAAGAUUGUGAACAGCUCUAUGGAACUUGCACAGACUGCCAAAGAGCCCUACAACUACUUCCUGCUGCUCAGAGCCCUGUUCAGAUCCAUCGGAGGGGGCAGCCACGAUCUGUUGUAUCAAGAAUUCUUGCCGCUGUUACCAAACCUACUGCAAGGACUGAACAUGCUGCAGAGCGGCCUUCACAAACAGCACAUGAAGGACUUGUUUGUGGAGCUGUGCCUGACGGUGCCGGUGCGGCUGAGCUCCUUGCUGCCCUACCUGCCCAUGCUGAUGGACCCGCUGGUGUCGGCUCUCAAUGGCUCCCAGACCCUGGUGAGCCAGGGCCUGCGCACCCUGGAGCUGUGCGUGGACAACCUGCAGCCGGACUUCCUGUACGAUCACAUCCAGCCUGUUCGAGCUGAGCUGAUGCAGGCUUUGUGGCGCACCCUGCGCAAUCCCGCGGACAGCAUUUCUCACGUGGCGUAUCGGGUACUUGGUAAAUUUGGUGGAAGUAACAGGAAGAUGCUAAAGGAGUCACAGAAACUACAGUAUGUAGUCACAGAAAUCCAAGGACCCAGUAUUACAAUUGAAUUUUCAGACUGUAAAGCAUCCAUUCAGCUCCCGAUGGAAAAGGCGAUCGAGACUGCUCUGGACUGUUUGAAGAGCGCCAACACGGAGCCCUAUUACCGGAGGCAAGCGUGGGAAGUGAUCAAGUGUUUUUUAGUAGCUAUGAUGAGCCUGGAUGACAACAAACAUGCGUUAUACCAACUUCUUGCGCAUCCCAAGUAUGACAAUUCUUUAAACAUAAAUGUCUUUACUGAGAAGUCCAUUCCCAGCGUGAUUAUCUCGCAUCGGUACAAAGCUCAGGACACUCCGGCCCGGAAGACGUUUGAGCAGGCGCUGACGGGGGCGUUCAUGUCGGCCGUCAUCAAAGACCUGCGGCCCAGCGCGCUGCCCUUCGUGGCCAGCCUGAUCCGCCACUACACCAUGGUGGCCGUGGCUCAGCAGUGCGGUCCUUUCCUGCUGCAGUGCUAUCAGGUGGGAAGCCAGCCCAGCACAGCCAUGUUCCACAGUGAAGAAAACGGGUCGAAAGGCAUGGACCCCUUGGUGCUUAUUGACGCCAUAGCGAUCUGCAUGGCGUACGAGGAGAAGGAGCUCUGCAAAAUAGGAGAGGUGGCUCUGGCAGUGAUAUUUGAUGUUGCAAGCAUUAUCUUGGGUUCAAAAGAAAGGGCUUGCCAGCUUCCCUUGUUUUCGUACAUCGUGGAACGUUUGUGUGCUUGCUGUUACGAACAGGCCUGGUAUGCCAAGCUAGGAGGUGUCGUGUCAAUUAAAUUUCUUAUGGAACGACUGCCACUAAUUUGGGUCCUCCAGAACCAGCAGACUUUCCUGAAGGCGCUUCUCUUUGUCAUGAUGGAUCUAACUGGAGAGGUUUCCAAUGGAGCAGUUGCUAUGGCAAAGACCACAUUAGAACAGCUUCUGAUUAGAUGCGCAACGCCUCUGAAAGAUGAAGAAAAAACAGAAGAAAUUCUGGCAGCACAGGAGAAGUCUUUCCACCACGUCACGCACGACCUCGUUCGAGAAGUUACCUCCCCGAACUCCACUGUGAGGAAGCAGGCCAUGCAUUCCUUGCAGGUGCUUGCACAGGUCACGGGAAAAAGUGUCACGGUGAUUAUGGAGCCACAUAAGGAGGUUCUCCAAGACAUGGUUCCUCCUAAAAAGCAUUUGCUUAGACACCAACCUGCAAACGCACAGAUUGGCCUGAUGGAGGGAAAUACAUUUUGCACAACCCUGCAGCCCCGCUUGUUUACAAUGGAUCUGAAUGUCGUGGAACACAAGGUUUUCUACACAGAGUUGCUGAAUCUGUGUGAGGCUGAAGAUACUGCCUUAAUGAAACUACCGUGUUACAAGAGUCUUCCGUCACUGGUGCCUCUUCGGAUUGCAGCCUUAAAUGCUCUAGCUGCCUGCAAUUACUUGCCUCAGUCAAGAGAGAAAAUCAUUGCUGCACUUUUCAAGGCACUUAAUUCAACAAAUAACGAGCUGCAGGAGGCAGGAGAAGCGUGCAUGAGGAAGUUCUUGGAAGGAGCUACCAUAGAAGUUGACCAAAUUCAUACGCACAUGAGACCGCUGCUGAUGAUGUUGGGAGACUAUCGGAGUCUGACGCUGAAUGUUGUGAAUCGGCUGACGUCUGUCACUAGACUUUUUCCAAACUCCUUUAAUGAUAAAUUCUGUGAUCAGAUGAUGCAACACCUUCGUAAAUGGAUGGAAGUUGUAGUUAUUACACACAAAGGUGGACAACGGAGCGAUGGAAAUGAAAUGAAGAUUUGUUCAGCAAUUAUAAAUUUGUUCCACCUGAUCCCAGCUGCCCCGCAGACGCUGGUGAAACCUCUGCUGGAGGUCGUUAUGAAAACAGAACGAGCAAUGUUAAUUGAGGCUGGCAGCCCCUUCCGGGAACCGCUGAUCAAGUUUCUGACCCGUCACCCCUCGCAGACCGUGGAGCUGUUCAUGAUGGAGGCCACUUUGAACGAUCCCCAGUGGAGCAGGAUGUUCAUGAGUUUCUUGAAACAUAAAGAUGCCAAACCCCUGCGAGAUGUCCUGGCAGCCAAUCCGAACCGAUUCAUCACGCUGCUCUUACCCGUUGGCACCCAAGCGGCUGUUAGACCUGGUUCUCCAAGCACGACCACAAUGCGGCUUGACCUUCAGUUUCAGGCUAUUAAGAUCAUAAGUAUAAUAGUUAAGAAUGAUGAGUGCUGGUUAGCAAACCAACACUCCUUGGUGAAUCAGCUGAAGCGCGUGUGGGUGAGCGAAGCUUUUCAAGAAAGACACCGUAAGGAGAACAUGGCUGCGACAAACUGGAAAGAACCGAAGCUGUUAGCUUAUUGCUUACUGAAUUACUGCAAAAGGAAUUAUGGCGAUAUAGAGUUGCUCUUCCAGCUGCUUCGGGCUUUUACGGGUCGAUUCCUCUGCAAUAUGACUUUCCUAAAGGAAUACAUGGAAGAAGAGAUCCCCAAAAACUACAGCAUUCCCCAAAAACGGGCUUUGUUCUUCCGGUUUGUAGACUUCAACGACCCAAACUUUGGAGAUGAGCUCAAAGCCAAGGUGCUGCAGCAUAUCCUGAAUCCUGCGUUCUUGUACAGCUUCGAGAAGGGGGAAGGUGAACAGCUGUUGGGACCCCCAAACCCAGAGGGCGAUAAUCCAGAAAGCAUCACGAGCGUUUUUAUAACAAAGGUACUGGAUCCGGAAAAGCAGGCGGAUAUGCUGGAUUCCCUCAGGAUCUACCUCCUGCAGUUUGCCACGCUUCUGGUGGAGCACGCUCCGCACCACAUCCACGACAACAACAAGAACCGCAACAGCAAGCUGCGCCGCCUGAUGACGUUUGCUUGGCCUUGCCUCCUGUCCAAGGCGUGCGUGGACCCGGCCUGCAAAUACAGCGGGCACUUGCUUUUGGCACACAUCAUUGCAAAAUUUGCCAUCCAUAAGAAGAUAGUUCUGCAGGUGUUUCACAGUCUGCUAAAGGCCCACGCGAUGGAGGCCCGUGCCAUUGUCAGGCAGGCGAUGGCCAUUCUGACCCCGGCUGUGCCGGCUCGGAUGGAGGACGGACACCAGAUGCUGACUCACUGGACGCGAAAGAUCAUUGUGGAAGAGGGGCACACGGUUCCCCAGCUGGUGCAUAUUUUGCACCUGAUCGUACAACAUUUCAAGGUUUAUUAUCCAGUGAGACAUCACCUGGUCCAGCACAUGGUUAGUGCCAUGCAGAGACUGGGCUUCACUCCCAGUGUCACCAUCGAGCAAAGGAAACUGGCGGUGGAUCUUGCCGAAGUAGUUAUUAAAUGGGAAUUGCAAAGAAUUAAAGACCAGCAGCCAGAUUCAGAUAUGGAUUCAAGUGCAAAUGGAGAUGGACCAAGUUCUGCCUCGUCUGCUGUUAAAAGAGGAUUGUCUGUUGAUUCCGGCCAAGAAGUGAAACGAUUCAGGACAGCUACGGGAGCAAUAAGUGCUGUGUUUGGGCGCAGCCAGUCCCUGCCCGGAGCGGACGCGCUGCUCUCCAAGCCGAUUGACAAGCAGCACACAGAUACAGUCGUCAAUUUCCUGAUUAGGAUCGCUUGCCAGGUAAAUGACAACUCAAACACGGCUGGUUCUCCCGGGGAAUUGCUGUCUCGCCGCUGUGUCAACCUCCUGAAAACGGCUUUACGACCAGACAUGUGGCCAAAAUCAGAGCUGAAGUUGCAGUGGUUUGAUAAGCUGCUCACGACUGUGGAACAACCCAACCAGGCCAACUUUGCCAACAUCUGCACGGGGCUGGAGGUGCUGAGCUUCCUGCUGAGCGUGCUGCAGCCGCCCGCUGUGCUCAGCAGCUUCAAGCCGCUGCAGCGCGGCGUGGCCGCCUGCAUGACCUGCGGCAACACCAAGGUUCUGAGGGCAGUGCACAGUUUGCUCUCUCGCUUGAUGGGGAUUUUUCCUACAGAACCAAGUACCUCAAGUGUCGCUUCCAAGUAUGAGGAGCUGGAGUGCCUUUAUGCUGCGGUUGGAAAGGUUAUUUAUGAAGGACUUACCAAUUAUGAAAAGGCCACCAAUGCCAACCCUUCUCAGCUCUUUGGUACUUUAAUGAUCCUGAAGUCUGCGUGCAGUAACAACCCCAGCUAUAUCGACAGGCUGAUUUCAGUUUUCAUGCGAUCUCUGCAGAAGAUGGUCAGGGAACACUUAAACCCGCAGGCGACAGCAGGAGCGGCAGAAGCAAACACAGCAGGCACGAGCGAGCUGGUGAUGCUGAGCCUGGACCUGGUGAAAACUCGCCUGGCCGUGAUGAGCAUGGAAAUGAGGAAGAAUUUUAUACAAGCUAUUCUAACAUCUCUCAUUGAAAAGUCAACGGAUGCCAAAAUUCUGCGUGCAGUGGUAAAAAUAGUGGAAGAGUGGGUGAAGAACAAUUCCCCAAUGGCAGCUAAUCAGACGCCUACUCUGCGGGAAAAGUCCAUUUUACUAGUGAAAAUGAUGACUUACAUUGAAAAGCGUUUUCCAGAAGACCUUGAAUUAAAUGCCCAGUUCUUAGACCUUGUUAACUAUGUCUAUAGGGAUGAGAGUCUCUCUGGUAGCGAGCUGACUGCGAAGCUCGAGCCGGCGUUUCUGUCGGGUCUGCGCUGUGCCCAGCCGCUCAUACGAGCCAAGUUUUUUGAGGUCUUUGACAAUUCCAUGAAACGGCGAGUGUACGAGCGCCUGCUUUACGUGACCUGUUCUCAGAACUGGGAAGCAAUGGGCAAUCACUUCUGGAUAAAACAGUGCAUCGAGCUGCUGUUGGCAGUGUGCGAGAGGAAUACGACGAUAGGGACAAGCUGCCAGGGCGCUAUGCUGCCCUCCAUCACCAACGUCAUCAACCUGGCUGACAGUCACGACAGAGCAGCGUUCGCCAUGGUCACCCACGUCAAGCAGGAGCCUCGCGAAAGGGAGAACAGCGAAUCCAAAGAGGAGGAUGUCGAAAUAGACAUCGAGUUGGCUCCGGGGGAUCAGACCAGUACACCCAAAACGAAGGAGCUUUCCGAGAAGGACAUUGGCAAUCAGCUGCACAUGCUGACCAACCGGCACGACAAGUUCCUUGACUCCCUUCGAGAGGUGAAGACGGGAGCGUUGCUGAGCGCCUUUGUGCAGCUGUGUCACAUUUCUACACCAUUGGCAGAGAAGACCUGGAUUCAGCUCUUCUCACGACUUUGGAAAAUCUUGUCUGACAGACAACAACAUGCUCUAGCGGGUGAAAUCAGCCCCUUCCUGUGCAGCGGCAGCCACCAGGUGCAGCGCGACUGCCAGCCCAGCGCCCUCAACUGCUUUGUGGAAGCCAUGUCGCAGUGCGUGCCCCCCAUUCCCAUCAGACCCUGCGUCCUGAAGUACUUGGGUAAAACCCACAAUCUCUGGUUCCGUUCUACGCUGAUGCUGGAACAUCAAGCCUUUGAAAAAGGACUGAGUCUGCAGAUCAAGCCUAAACAGACAACAGAAUUUUAUGAGCAAGAAAGCAUAACUCCUCCCCAACAGGAAAUACUGGAUUCCCUCGCCGAGCUCUACUCGUUGUUACAAGAGGAGGACAUGUGGGCCGGGCUGUGGCAGAAGCGCUGUAAAUUCCCGGAGACAGCAACAGCUAUUGCCUAUGAGCAACAUGGCUUUUUCGAACAGGCACAGGAAACUUACGAAAAAGCAAUGGAAAAGGCUAAAAAAGAGCAUGAACGGAACAACGCUUCCCCGUCCAUCUUCCCCGAGUACCAGCUUUGGGAAGAUCACUGGAUUCGUUGCUCCAAAGAACUGAAUCAAUGGGAACCUUUGACAGAAUACGGCCAGUCCAAAGGUCACAUAAAUCCUUACUUGGUCCUGGAGUGCGCGUGGAGGGUCUCCAACUGGACUGCCAUGAAGGAGGCUCUGGUGCAGGUGGAGCUGAGCUGUCCGAAGGAGAUGGCGUGGAAAGUGAACAUGUACAGAGGGUACCUGGCCAUCUGCCACCCCGAGGAGCAGCAGCUGAACUUCAUCGAGCGCCUGGUGGAGAUGGCGAGCAGCCUGGCCAUCCGGGAGUGGCGGAGGCUGCCGCACGUGGUCUCGCACGUUCACACCCCCCUUCUCCAGGCAGCACAGCAAAUAAUUGAACUUCAAGAAGCAGCCCAAAUAAAUGCAGGAUUGCAACCAACAAAUCUGGGGAGGAACAACAGCUUGCAUGAUAUGAAGACUGUUGUGAAGACGUGGAGGAACAGGUUACCCAUCGUGUCGGACGAUUUAUCCCACUGGAGCAGCAUUUUCAUGUGGAGACAACAUCAUUACCAGGGUAAAACUGCCUGGUCCAGCAUGCAUUCAUCAUCCAUUGUGACUGCGUAUGAAAAUAGCUCUCAGCACGAUCCCAGUUCCAAUAACGCGAUGUUGGGAGUUCAUGCUUCUGCAUCGGCAAUUAUCCAGUAUGGAAAGAUCGCUCGGAAACAGGGGCUGGUGAACGUGGCUCUGGAUAUUCUGAGUCGCAUUCAUACGAUUCCAACCGUGCCCAUUGUGGAUUGCUUCCAGAAGAUUCGCCAGCAAGUGAAAUGUUACCUUCAGCUGGCCGGAGUCAUGGGCAAGAACGAAUGCAUGCAGGGCCUUGAGGUCAUUGAAUCAACCAAUCUGAAGUACUUCACCAAGGAGAUGACCGCGGAGUUCUAUGCGUUGAAGGGCAUGUUCUUGGCGCAGAUCAACAAGUCUGAAGAAGCGAACAAAGCGUUUUCCGCAGCGGUGCAGAUGCACGACGUGCUGGUGAAAGCGUGGGCCAUGUGGGGCGAUUACCUGGAGAACAUCUUUGUGAAGGAGCGGCAGCUGCACCUGGGAGUCUCUGCCAUCACCUGCUACCUGCAUGCCUGUCGCCACCAGAACGAGAGCAAAUCCAGGAAGUACCUGGCAAAGGUGCUUUGGCUGCUGAGUUUCGAUGACGACAAGAACACGCUGGCGGACGCGGUGGACAAGUACUGCAUCGGCGUGCCCCCCAUCCAGUGGCUGGCCUGGAUCCCGCAGCUGCUGACGUGCCUGGUGGGCUCGGAGGGCAAGCUGCUGCUGAACCUCAUCAGCCAGGUGGGCAGAGUCUAUCCCCAGGCCGUGUACUUCCCCAUCAGGACCCUGUAUCUGACGCUGAAGAUCGAGCAGCGGGAGCGCUACAAGAGCGACUCGGGGCAGCAGCAGCCGAGCUCGGUUGGCAGCCAGUCGCACUCCGCCUCAGACCCCGGGCCCAUCAGGGCCACCGCGCCCAUGUGGCGCUGCAGCAGGAUCAUGCACAUGCAGCGGGAACUGCACCCGACGCUCCUGUCCUCUCUGGAGGGCAUCGUGGACCAGAUGGUCUGGUUCAGGGAGAACUGGCACGAAGAGGUUCUUAGACAGCUGCAGCAGGGCUUGGCAAAGUGCUAUUCAGUUGCCUUUGAGAAAAGUGGAGCCGUUUCAGAUGCCAAGAUCACCCCUCAUACGCUGAACUUUGUCAAGAAGCUGGUCAGCACGUUCGGCGUGGGGCUCGAGAACGUCUCCAACGUGUCCACCAUGUUCUCCAGCGCAGCCUCCGAGUCCCUGGCUCGGAGAGCACAGGCCACGGCGCAGGAUCCCGUCUUCCAGAAGUUAAAAGGGCAAUUUACCACAGACUUUGACUUCAGUGUACCAGGGUCAAUGAAACUUCACAAUCUUAUCUCUAAACUGAAGAAGUGGAUCAAAAUUCUGGAGGCAAAAACCAAACAGCUACCGAAGUUCUUCCUCAUAGAGGAAAAGUGCCGCUUUCUGAGCAAUUUUUCAGCUCAAACUGCAGAAGUAGAGAUACCCGGAGAAUUCCUCAUGCCAAAGCCAACACAUUACUACAUCAAGAUCGCAAGGUUUAUGCCCAGAGUGGAGAUCGUGCAGAAACACAACACGGCGGCCAGGAGGCUGUACAUCCGGGGCCACAACGGCAAGAUUUACCCCUACCUGGUCAUGAACGACGCGUGUCUGACGGAGUCGCGCAGAGAGGAGCGGGUGCUGCAGCUGCUGCGCCUGCUCAACCCCUGCUUGGAGAAGAGGAAGGAGACCACAAAGAGACAUUUGUUCUUUACAGUCCCCCGCGUUGUGGCGGUUUCCCCGCAGAUGCGUCUGGUGGAGGACAACCCCUCCUCGCUGUCGCUGGUGGAGAUCUACAAGCAGCGCUGUGCCAAGAAGGGCAUUGAGCACGACAACCCCAUUUCUCGCUACUACGACCGGCUGGCGACGGUGCAGGCCCGGGGCACGCAGGCCAGCCAUCAGGUUCUCAGAGAUAUACUCAAGGAGGUGCAGAGUAACAUGGUGCCGCGCAGCAUGCUGAAGGAGUGGGCUUUGCAUACGUUCCCCAAUGCCACGGAUUACUGGACCUUCCGGAAGAUGUUCACCAUCCAGUUAGCCUUAAUCGGCUUCGCAGAAUUCAUCUUUCACUUAAACAGACUCAACCCUGAAAUGCUGCAGAUUGCCCAGGAUACUGGCAAGCUGAACGUAGCGUACUUCCGCUUUGACAUUAACGAUGCUACCGGGGAUCUGGAUGCCAAUCGCCCGGUUCCGUUCCGGCUCACCCCGAACAUCUCUGAGUUCCUGACCACCAUCGGGGUGUCCGGCCCGCUGACCGCGUCCAUGAUUGCGGUGGCUCGCUGCUUUGCUCAGCCCAACUUCAAGGUCGACGGCAUCCUAAAAACCGUGCUGCGGGAUGAGAUAAUCGCGUGGCACAAGAAGACGCAGGAGGACACGUCGUCCCCGCUCUCGGCGGCCGGGCAGCCGGAGAACAUGGACAGCCAGCAGCUGGUGUCGCUGGUGCAGAAAGCCGUGACGGCCAUCAUGACGCGCCUUCAUAACCUCGCGCAGUUCGAGGGCGGCGAAAGCAAGGUGAACACUCUGGUGGCAGCUGCCAACAGCCUGGACAACCUGUGCCGGAUGGACCCUGCCUGGCACCCCUGGCUGUGACCGGACACUUCUCAAUAGCUUCUGUUGCUGCUCUUUGUGGUGUGGGCCAUAUAUCGUGUUAAGAAAAUGUGAACAACGCUUGCCAGACCAGGGUCACCGUCACACCGCGCCUGUCAGUCCUUUCAAUCCUGUUUACAGUAACAUGACAAUUUUAAUUUCAGGAGGGGACAUUUGCUCCCGUUUAAGAAAUGUUGUUAAAUAUGCAACAGCAGCUUUCACAAAUAGCUCAGAAUGAAGAGAGGAAACUUAAAUAGUGUACAGAGAAAUCUUAUUUUAUGAUGAGGACUAUCAAACUAGCACUGUUAGAUUUGGGGUCUGCCAUUCUUGAUAACCUGCAGUAUAUAAAUUUUUUAUACAAUAGUAAUUAUUUAAAAUUAAAAAAAGUAUUCCCAGUUACUGAAUUUUGUGAAAUUUUAGUUAAUCACUGCCCCUUCAUUAUACCAAAUUGAAGGCACAAAUAAAUACUCUUCCUUUAAGUUUGCUGCAAAUUUACAUGUGCAAAGUUGGUUUGUACAGAGAAUUUUGUACCAAAUGUAUAGAGGUGACUCUUUGUCAUCACUGGGAAAAUGAUGAUCAAACUGUGCUUUUCCUGGAGCACGAGCUGUGUACAGUGGAAGUGUAAACCAGUGAGUAUUUGCUUUAGUGUGGACAGUGUUUGGCGGGGGGGAAGCUUGUAAAAAGGAUGGAACAAAUCGUCCUUUGAUACAUGUACCUGGCUGUAAUAGGUAAGAGUCAACUCUUACAAAGUUCUCUCUCUCUUUUAAUGUUUAGAGUUACAACAGCUUCUUUAGCAGGAAUCUGUUUCAUUGGAACUUAAGAAAAUACCAUUUUAAUGUUUCACUCGUCGUUCUGUUGUGUUAGCAAUUUUUAUAAAACGUCGGUGUUGAGAAUGUUAAAUUUGUACAGAGUGAUUUUUUUCCAAAAUAAAUAUUUUGUAAAACUCAA